GGACCGGCCGGGCGCUGACGGCGGCGGCGCGUCUGCGGGCGGAGCGGCGGCAGGCCGGCCACCGAGGAGCGCGGCGAGGAACGCAGGGCCGGGCCGGAGCUGCCUGCGGAGAAGAUCGGGGCGGCCCGGGCCUGCGCGGCGGCGACUUCCUACGGGCCGGGCGGGACAGCGCAGGGCCAUGGCCGAGGCGGCCGCGGCUCCGAUUUCCCCAUGGACAAUGGCAGCUACGAUUCAGGCCAUGGAGAGGAAGAUUGAAUCGCAGGCAGCGCGCUUGCUUUCCCUAGAAGGUCGGACUGGCAUGGCCGAGAAGAAGCUGGCCGACUGCGAGAAGACGGCUGUGGAGUUUGGCAACCAGCUGGAGGGCAAGUGGGCCGUGCUGGGCACACUGCUGCAGGAGUACGGGCUGCUGCAGCGGCGCCUGGAGAAUGUGGAGAACCUGCUGCGCAACAGGAACUUCUGGAUCCUGCGGCUGCCCCCGGGCAGCAAGGGGGAAGUCCCCAAGGUGCCCGUGACCUUUGAUGAUGUGGCCGUGUAUUUUUCUGAGCAGGAGUGGGGCAAGCUGGAAGACUGGCAGAAGGAGCUCUACAAGCAUGUGAUGAGGGGCAACUACGAGACGCUGGUCUCACUGGACUAUGCCAUCUCCAAGCCCGAGGUUCUCUCACAGAUUGAGCAAGGGAAAGAGCCAUGCACCUGGCGGCGCACUGGUCCCAAGAUUCCAGAUGUUCCCGUGGACCCAAGCCCAGGCUCGGCUCCCCCGGUUCCUGCCCCUGACCUGUUAAUGCAGAUCAAACAGGAGGGGGAGCUCCAGCUCCAGGAGCAGCAAGCUCUGGGCGUGGAGGCCUGGGCAGCUGGGCAGCCUGACAUCGGGGAGGAGCCCUGGGGCCUCAGCCAGCUGGACUCUGGCGCAGGAGACAUCUCCACUGAUGCCACAUCAGGUGUCCAUUCUAACUUUUCAACCACUAUUCCACCCACAUCCUGGCAAGCAGAUCUGCCUCCCCACCAUCCCUCUUCUGCAUGCUCAGAUGGCACACUGAAGCUCAACACGGCAGCCUCCACAGAAGCAGAUGUCAAAAUUGUGAUCAAAACGGAAGUCCAGGAGGAGGAGGUGGUAGCCGCCCCUGUGCACCCAACUGACCUGGAGGCCCACGGGACCCUGUUUGGGCCGAGCCAAGCCACAAGAUUUUUCCCUAGUCCUGUGCAGGAGGGAGCCUGGGAGAGUCAGGGCAGCUCCUUCCCCGGCCAGGACGCUGUGCUGGGGCUCCGGGAGCCCGCCCGGCCCGAAAGGGACAUGGGCGAGCUGAGCCCUGCCGUGGCCCAGGAGGAAACAGCCGCUGGGGACUGGCUGUUCGGCGGAGUGCGAUGGGGCUGGAACUUCCGGUGUAAGCCUCCAGUGAGCCUGAACCCCAGGACUGGGCCGGAGGGUUUACCUUAUUCCUCCCCGGACAACGGAGAGGCCAUUCUGGACCCUAGCCAGGUCCCAAGACCCUUCCCUGAGCCCUGUAAGUACCCUGGUCGGACAAAGGGCUUCGGCCACAAGCCGGGGCUGAAGAAGCACCCAGCCGCACCCCCGGGAGGCCGGCCCUUCACCUGUGCCACGUGCGGAAAGAGCUUCCAGCUGCAGGUGAGCCUGAGCGCGCACCAGCGCACCUGCGGGCUGCCCGACGGGACGGGCUCCGCGGCACCGUCCUCCACCAGCGCCGCCGGAGGUGGCAGUGGUGGUGCUGGUGGCGGUGGUGGCGGCGGCAGCGGCGGUGGCAGCAGCACGCGGGAUGGCAGUGCCCUGCGCUGUGGAGAAUGCGGCCGCUGUUUCACCAGGCCCGCACACCUCAUCCGCCACCGCAUGCUGCACACGGGCGAGCGGCCCUUCCCCUGCACCGAGUGCGAGAAGCGCUUCACAGAGCGCUCCAAGCUCAUCGACCACUACCGAACACACACGGGUGUGCGGCCCUUCACCUGCACCGUGUGCGGCAAGAGCUUCAUCCGCAAGGACCACCUCCGCAAGCACCAGCGCAACCACACGGCGGGGGCCAAGGCGCCAGCUCGCGGCCAGCCACUCCCACCGCUGCCCCCAGCGCCCCCGGACCCCUUCAAGAACCCGGCAACCAAAGGACCCUUGGCCUCAACAGAGCUUGUGACCGACUGGACUUGUGGCCUAAAUGUCCUGGGACCCGCUGAUGGCACGGACCUGUGAGCCAUCCUGGCCUGUAGCACUGACAAGCCACAGAUGUAUAAAACAAAAAAACACAAAAAAACAGUUUGCAGAGCGCAGGGCUGAGGCUGAACGCUCAGAGGCAGACGGGGGCACCACGUG